ACCUUUUGUCAGGCGGCGUCUCUUAUCAUUUUAGAUACCACUACAGGGUCACAUUUCUCUUUUUGCCACUUUGUUAGAACACACUCACAUAACGUGUUCUGCUAAACUAACGUGCUCAACCUAAAGUUUUUUUUUCUUCAAUUUUACAUUUUCUAAUUAAAGUCUCGAUUAUAAGUUUCGUUCAGCUGGCAAAGAUGGGUGGUUUUCUGAACAAAAUGUUAGAUUGCAUGGCAUCAACCCAUUUGGGUCAAUUCGCCAUCAAAAAAAUUGAUUUAGUGUUAUGGUCGUUGGAGAAGCCAGCGCGAUAUUCUGCGGAUGGUGAAUACAAAAAGGAUAGCCUGAAUUUGCCAUGGCCAAUAUUCAUGACCAUUCUCGUCAACAUGCAAAUAUUGCGGAUUAUUUGCUCAACGGUUUCGGUGCAUUUCAACAAAGGUUCCAUUGAGCCAAAGGACAUUGUCAAAGGUCUUCAAAAAUGGCGGAGAACAUUGCGUUCCAUUCGGUUCAGAGGCCUACGAGUCAUGAGGGAAAGUCAGUGCGGAAAGUUAAGGCCGAAGAACGUCCCUACCAGUCCAUCUCUAAAGGAUCAAGGUAAAAAACGUAACCACGAUGAGAUGUUGGAGCACGACCUACUCGACGACUUGAUGAACCGCACAUUUUCCGACACUGAUAACACCGAUUCAACCUUUAUGAUCAGCAAGUUUGGAGACAUUUCCACAAAUGGUUCGUCGAACGAUGGACAUAGUCUUUCGGAGGAUUUCCAGUCACCGUUCAAAUCAAAGCAUUCGUUAGACUCAUCGCUUCAAGACACUCUACCGAUUUCCGCUAGCGAGUCAGAACAUCAGGAACCGAAUAUGUCAACCAAAUCAAAUGAAGGGACGUUCGUAUCAACGGUUGAUGAUACCGAAGAAUCGGCAUUUGCAUUGACUGAAGAAGAAUCCGGCCAAUCGCCGAACGACAACUCGAAGCACAGCGAACGUAACGGAUCGCGGUCUACUGAAUCAACUGUUCAAACGAAUGGAAACUCGAAAGUGAGCAAAGAAUCGUUGAACGCUCCCGUCGAUCCGCUUGAUGCUAUGAUGUUCAAGUUGGUGGAAAUGGAAAGUAGUGAAUGGAAAAUAAAUAAUUCUAAGAAAUCUGGAAAGAAUCGUCAUGGCAACAAGAAGAAGCGUAAUUAUUCGUUAACAUCUAGUCAAGAGAACGUCAAUAGUCAGUCUUCCAUGAAGGCGAGUAAAAGUCAAGAGGCGAUAAAUAAGCUUUAGAUUAGCAAUGCAAAAUGUAU